ACGCGGCGCAGGGAGGUGGCCGGCCGGGACUGGGCAGGAAGCCGGCCGCAGCUCCCGCCAGUGCCGAAGAACCUUCCUUCCUCCUCCUCCUUGACCUUUCCCCCUCUUCCCAUCUCCCUCAGCUCCGGUCGCAGACACCGUGACAGCAAGAGACAGGGUGACAUGAGAGAUUCGACUGCACCCUGCCCUGGACAGCUUACAGAUAGAAGAAUUAACCCAUAAAGAGACUGAAGUGGGUUUCAGGAUGGCAAAAGAAGACCUCCCAAGUACCUCAAAGGACUUGCAGGAACUGCAGAGGAAGCUGUCUUUGCUGAUUGAGUCUAUCCAGAAUAACUCAAAGGUGGUUGCCUUUAUGAAGUCUCCGGUGGGUCAGUACCUGGACAGGCAUCCUUUUCUGGCCCUCACUAUGCUGGUGUUUGUUGCUGUGUCGGCCAUUCCUGUUGGAUUCUUCCUGCUCCUUGUGGUGCUUACCUCCCUGGCUGCUCUUGUGGGAGUCAUUUUACUGGAAGGACUGGUCAUCUCUGUGGGUGGCCUCUCACUGCUUUGUGUUCUCUGUGGCUUGAGCUUUGUGUCACUCGUCAUGUCAGGGACAAUCAUGGUGUCCUACGUGAUGGUCUCCAGCCUUGUCAACUACUGGUUUUCUCCCAGAUGCCAUCUGCGACCGUACCCACAUCCUUUGCUGCCGUGUCACUGAACUCCAGAGAUCGCCGCUUUCAUGAAACGGAAUGUGAGCGAUUGGCUUCCCCUAAAAUUGUCCCCAUUGAAGUAACCAUUUCAACUACCACUUGUGUGCAGCUUCUGCAGUCUGCUCCGUGUAGAACAGGGUGUCAUAGGUAAGUGAUGAAUCCCUGAAUUCUACUCCUGCAACCGAUAUUGUACUGUAUGUUAACUAACUAGAAUUUAAAUAGAAGUUGGAAAAGAGAGAAAAAACAGGGGGAUUGAGCCCAGAAGUUGCGGCAUUUUGGCAAAGGCAGAUCAGGCGUGAGUUGUCGCAAGAAGGUUGAGAAUGACUAACGGUACUUUCAUGAGGUUCUGCUGUGCUUCCUUGAGCAGGAGAGAAAAGGUGGAGCUAGAGAGAGGACGUAGAAUUUGAGAGUAACCUUACCUAUGCCAUGGCAUCCCCCAGAACCCCUGUGCGUGCAUGCAUACACAUAUCCUGAGUGAUUAAAUUAUGCGUGCACGCACGUGCGUGCACACACACACACACACACACACUCUCUGAGUGAUUGGUAAGAGCUGUGACAAUUAUAAAUUAUUAAAGUGCUUUCUUUGCCUUCCUGAAGGAAAGGAAGGGGGUAGGGAUUACAUACAAAUUUGGUGUGCCUCUUGGGUGUGUCGUUAGGGUGGAUAUUAUCCAUCAUGUGUGUGGCAGAAAAGUUGAAAAUCAAUGGUGUUGGGCAUACCCUUUCCAAACCUCCCUUUUUGAAACAUUUCCACCUUCCACAGUCCAGCUUAAAUUGAAGUCAUGUCUUGCUGUGUGCACUGUCUUUAUAUGUACAGCCCUUGUGGACCAGGCAUGGUGAGCAAGUGACAACCUCUCUGUGUGUUGACUUCCUCAGUCUGUAGUGAGAAUGCUACCCACCCAGAAUCUUUGGGAGGUGGAGGCAAGUGAUCUCUAGAUUAUAAAAGUGCUACAACACAGUGGAACAAUUAUACCCUUCCUCAACGAAAUUGUCUCUUGCAUUUGUCCUUCCUCCCACCCUGCUUACGUGCCUCCUCUCCACCAGUGCUCUGGGGAUGGAAACAAAGUCCGUCUAUUCACUUUGGGUAGCCUAUAACCUUAUACAUAGAAGCCCCUGAACAACAUUUUCCAUUGACUAGAAAGAUCAAGAAGUCUGGAUCUAUAGCCUGUUCCCGUCUGGCAGCAUCUGGAGGCAUUUUUGAUUGUCAUGACUGUGUGUGUGUUUGGAAGAGGGGGUGAGGCUGGCAUCUGGUGGGUUGAGGCCAGGGAUGCUGCUAACCAUCCUACAGUGCAUAUGACACCUCCUUACAAAAAUAUUAUCUGGGCCCAAAUGUUGGUGCCAAGGUUGAGAAAUCUUGAUGUAGACAAAUAAUGAGAAUUAAGAGCAUUAGGCCAAGCAAGGCACAGCUCGUCUGGGAUCAGAGGCUGGAGUUGGCCAGGUCUGUGCUAGAGCAGCCAGUUACAGUAAUGGCAUCAGGAAAACACCUUCAUGUUUGUGAAACAAACAUUUCAGGUUUUCAAAGACCUUUCACAUCGAUUACUAUUUUUGACCUUUCACAACAGUUUUGCAAGGUCACUCUCUUCCAACUUCAUGUGAUAUUCAUCAGCUGGCAGAAGAGGAAACUGGGCCAACAGUUUGCCAAAGGUCUCAGGGCUGGCUGGUGACUACCCCAUCACCAGCCUGCCAGGUCAGGCACUGUUUGUUCAUCUCUCCCUGCUUUGUUGUUAAAGCAGAAGUGACAUGGGGCACCUGGGUGGCUCAGUCGGUUAA